CUCCGGAAAUUGGGUUUUGAUGGUUGAUCGUCGUUUUAAAUUCUAUAUUCAUAACUUGUUGACGAAGGAAAGGAUCAAUCUUACAUCAAUGGAGUUGAAGAUACGUGGCGAUAAAGUAAGCUUUAAAGGAGGAGACAAAAGUUCAGAGUAUGGAUACAUGGUCGGACCUUCUGGUAAGGAUUACGUGUGGUAUGAUGAGCCAGAAUAUUAUUUGAAAAACUCAUUAGCUGUUUUGUGGAUAAACGAGACAACAAGAGAUUAUGUUGUUGCUUGGACAUUCAAACAAAAGUACUUGUUCUCACACUAGAAAGGAACUGGUUUUUGGUGUAAUUAUAUGAAUCUCAAUGGAAAAGGUUUGGAUGUUUUGGAUAUGGCUUGUGAGAAGAGUAAACUUUAUCUCUUCACAAGUGAUUAUCACAUCAAGAGUUUUUAUUUCUAUGGAGGUUUCCCUAUAGAGGAAGAAAACCCGUAUUCGAAUCAUCCGUUUAACUUUGUUGGAGAGCCUUGGGAAUCCGUUUGGGGGAGGAAAAUAGCGAUUCGGAGAUCAGAAGAGGUACUUAUAGUCUUGAGCUUAAAAGAAAAAGUGAAAAAUAAAGAAAAACUUUUGUUUUACAUCUUUAAGAUGAAUCUUGAGAAUUGCAAGUGGGAAAGAAUUUAUUCUAUUGGAGAUGAGAUAUUGAUUUAUGGUCGUGGGGUUACAAUACCUCUUGCUCUUAAAGAUCUUGGUCACGGAAUCAAGAGUGAUUCAAUCUAUUUCGUGGACGAAGAUGUUUGGCCAGAUCAUAAAGAUUGGCCAGAUCAUAAAGAUCAUGUUUCAAAUUGCGGUGUCUUCGAUAUUGCCACAAGUAAGAUCAAAUGGCCUAAGAAGAUCUAUUUUUCCUUUAAUAAAAAUCAGUGGUUUGUUCGGGGAGUUGCUUAUUAGGGGGUUACUGAAGGAAUGUAGUAGAAUUUGAAUCAAGUUUCCAGUGUUAGAUGUAUUUUAUACUCGUUUUAAAAUAUAGUUUUGUUCAGUGAACUCUAUAUAUUCUUCUGAAUUCUAAUGUUAUUCGGUUUAUUGAUAUUUUGAAUUCUAUUAAAUGCUAUACCUUGGCAAAAGAUGGAUGUACUUAGUGUUUAUGUCAGAAAUGUCCAUCUACUAACAAGGAUCCACAUAACUUGGUAGAGUCUAGAAUGUACCGACGACUGUAGGAAAAUGACAUUGUUUAUUUUUCAGCAAAGAACUACGUAAGUACAUAGAAUUUGAAAGUGGAAAUAUGCAACAAGUUAUAUCUUAAGUAUGCUGAGAGUAGUAACACUCAAAAUCUUUUUCUAACUCUAAUACCGUUUGCUUAUGCGGAAAGUGGAACAGACGAACCUAUGUUGGGCAGCAUCGCACAUCGGGACAUCCCAUGUCUACCGAUGAUGCAAGAAUAGAAAUCUCUAUCCACUAGUAACAAUUAGCAACUCUUUAAAAGUCAUGAUGGGUUUUCUUUCUAGACCCAUGAAGGUGAAAGAGAUCUCACAUAGAAGUUUGGUUCUUGAAACAAGGUAAAAAGUGAACUUCUCUUUUCCUUACAACGAUAACCAUGUUAGAUGAUUAAGUGUUUUUUUAACAAUUUCCCCCUUUUUGCACGCCAAAACACUAUUCAUUCU